CGGUCCCACAGCGCCCCGACCCCGCUUCGCCGGGCGGUUCCCGGAGGCCCCGCCCCGAGGCACCUCAUCCUCCUUCCGGCGGUGCCCCGCCCCCGACUCCGCAGUUCUACCAGCUCCCGCCCGCCCGCGGCGCAGCUCCUGGAGGCCCCGCCCCGUCCCGUCCCGUCCCGCGGGACAUCGCUUCAGCCCCGCGGCGUCGUCCCCGCGCUGCAUGUUUCUCCGAGCCGGCCUGUCGGCGCUCGCUCGGCUUCUCAGCGCUCUUCGGCCUGCUUCUGUCGCCGCCAUGAGCACUGGCACCUUCAUCGUUUCGCAGCCGCUCAAUUACCGCGGCGGGACCCGCGUGGAGCCGGCGGACUCCUCCGGCACCGAAAAGGCGUUCGAGCCGGCGACGGGUCGAGUGAUAGCUACUUUCACAUGUUCAGGGGAAAAGGAAGUAAAUUUGGCUGUUGAAAAUGCAAAGGCUGCCUUUAAAAUAUGGAGUAAAAAAUCUGGCAUGGAGCGUUCCAGAAUCCUUUUGGAGGCUGCCAGGAUAAUAAGGGAACGGAAGGAUGACAUAGCCACUGUGGAGACCAUCAACAAUGGCAAGUCCAUCUUUGAGGCCCAGUUGGACAUUGAUUCUUCCUGGCAGUGCCUGGAGUAUUACGCAGGCUUAGCUGGAUCCAUGGCUGGUGAACAUAUCCAGCUCUCAGGUGGAUCCUUUGGUUAUACCAGAAGAGAACCACUUGGGGUAUGUGUGGGAAUAGGAGCAUGGAACUACCCCUUUCAAAUUGCCUGUUGGAAGUCUGCUCCAGCUCUAGCUUGUGGUAACGCCAUGGUCUUUAAGCCUUCUCCCUUCACGCCUGUUUCUGUAUUGCUGCUGGCUGAAAUCUAUACUGAGGCUGGUGUGCCGCCUGGGCUCUUCAACGUGGUGCAAGGAGGGGCUGCCACAGGCCAGUUUCUGUGUCAGCAUCGUGAUGUGGCCAAAGUCUCUUUCACUGGAAGUGUGCCCACUGGCACAAAGAUCAUGGAGAUGUCAGCUAAAAGAAUUAAACCUGUUACCUUGGAGCUUGGAGGCAAAUCUCCACUCAUUAUCUUCUCAGACUGUGUUAUGGAGAAUGCAGUGAAAGGAGCAAUGAUGGCCAACUUCCUCACACAAGGCGAGGUUUGCUGUAAUGGCACAAGGGUAUUUGUGCAAAAGGAAAUUCUCGAUAAAUUUACAGAGGAAGUGGUGAAACAGACCAAAAAGAUAAAAAUUGGAGAUCCCCUUCUGGAAGAUACAAGGAUGGGUCCACUCAUCAACCGACCACACCUGGAGAAAGUCCUUGGGUUUGUCAAACAGGCAAAGGAGCAGGGUGCUAAAGUGCUAUGUGGUGGAGACUUACAUGUACCUGAAGAUCCCAGAUUAAAGGAUGGCUAUUUCAUGAGACCUUGUGUAUUAACUAAUUGCAGAGACGACAUGACUUGUGUGAAAGAAGAGAUCUUUGGACCAGUUAUGUCCAUUUUAUCAUUUGACACUGAAGCUGAGGUUCUGGAAAGAGCUAACGAUACCACCUUUGGACUAGCAGCUGGUGUCUUCACCAGGGACAUCCAGCGAGCUCAUAGGGUGGUGGCUGAACUUCAGGCUGGAAUGUGCUUCAUCAACAACUAUAAUGUCAGCCCAGUGGAGUUACCCUUUGGUGGUUAUAAGAUGUCAGGAUUUGGCAGAGAAAAUGGUCGUGUAACAAUUGAAUACUAUUCACAAUUAAAGACUGUGUGUGUGGAGAUGGGCGAUGUGGAAUCUGUUUUCUGAAAAUCAGCUGCAGUAAACCGUAUCAACAUGACCAUGCUGUAGAAUAGUAAGAAUUGGCUGUCUUGACAGAGGCAGUCCACCUGAAUCCAGUUUUAAAUCCAGAAUUUUGGUCAUUCGUGACAAGUGAAUGGUUCAAUGUUACUCUUCCUCUCUCAAUCAUCUUCCUGAUUGAAAAUGUGCUUAAGUGCCUUUUCUAUACUAAUCAAGAAGGUUGUGAUUUUCCUCAAAGCAAAUUUCAGUGAAAUCUUUACGAGCUAGUAACACACUUCUGAAGGAGGAGAGGGACCAGGAUUACACUUCACAGAUUUGAUCCACCAACAAUAUUACUUCUCUAGUUCAUUUUAAAGACCUUUCUCCUUUGUAAGUUCUUGGUGGAAUCGAAUCAGUAGAGAUGAUUUCUGCUUAUUGACAUUUUUUAAAGUGUGUCCUCUUGUUCCAUUCAGAAAGCCAACAAUUGGGAUAGAUGACUAGGGAAUAGAUGAGUUCAAAUUCUGUUUGAAUGGACACUUGCCUUAUUAAGCACUUUGCUUCCAUUCAGGGGCUGUGGUAGAGGAUAUCUGUUUCCAGCCCUUCAACUUGCUCUUAUGACAGAAGGGUUACUUUUUAAAUAUACAAAUUAUUUGUAUGUUAUCACAACACACUAAAAUUUGAAUAAAUCACACUGUUAAUCCUA